AUGGGUAAUAUUGAUGAUUCAGUUAGUAUUACAUUGGCCAUUGUAAUUGUUGUCACAGUUGGAUUUGUUCAAGAAUAUAGAUCAGAACAGUCAUUACAAGCUUUGAAUAAAUUAGUCCCAGCUGAAGCUCAUUUGAUUAGAAAUGGUUCAACUCAAGAUGUCCUUGCUGCUCAAUUAGUUCCAGGUGACUUAGUCCAUUUUGAUAUUGGUGAUAGAAUUCCAGCCGAUAUAAGGUUGACAGAGGCUAUUCAUUUAACUAUUGAUGAAAGU